CAAAAAACAAACACUGAUACACUGAACUUAUCCCCUACGCACCCAUCCCCACCCCCCACUCCCCACCAUCACUAGGGUUUUUUAACCUUCACUUCACUCCCCUCAAGUUAUCAGCCGCUUUGGCUAGGUUUUUUGACAAACCCAACAACUCCAAAAUUCUAUCUUCAAAUGGAUUUUAAUCAUCUAUAAGAGAUUUUCUUGAUUCUUGAACAAUCAUCUGUUAUAUAUAUCUUUCUCUAAUAUAUAUAGUGUAAAAUCCAAAAAAAGAGUGAAUAAAUAUGGCUACUUUGAACCCAUUUGACCUAUUGGAAGAUGAUGCUGAGGACCCAAGUUUGGUUAUUGCUGCUCAGCAGUUGAAGAAAGUUGCUGCUACUGCUGCUCCAGUUGUAUCCAAGAAAGGUGCUGCUACUAAGGCUCCUGUUGCUGCAGCAGCUGCUAAGUUGCCUUCCAAACCCCUUCCUCCUACACAAGCUGUGAGGGAAGCCAGGAGUGAAGGCCAGCGAGGAGGAGGCCGCGGAGGUCCACGUGGGGGAGCCCGUGGUCGAGGGCGUGGACGCGGGUUUAACCAAGAAUUUGCUGAUGAGGAGAACGCUUUUGGCAGCAAUAAUGGAUUCUCUGGGCGGUCCAGCGCUCCAGAAGAUGGAGAAUCAGGAAAGGUCUCUGAAAGGAGAGGUGGUUACGGUGGAUCUCGUGGGGGGUUCCGUGGGGGUCGUCGUGGUGGUUUCAAUAAUGGGGAUGCUGCAGAAGGAGAUGGGGAACGCCCAAGGAGAAUGUUUGAUCGACGAAGUGGAACCGGUCGUGGGAAUGAGUUUGUUAAACGAGAGGGCUCUGGUCGUGGGAAUUGGGGAACCCCUGAAGAUGAUAUUGCACAGGAGACUGAAGUGCCUGUUAAUGGUGGUGAGAAGAUUGUUGAGGCUGAGAAACAAGCUGGACAGGAAGAUGCCGGAGACGCCAAUCCGGAUUCUGCUGCUGCUGAGCCAGAAGAGAAGGAACCCGAGGAGAAGGAGAUGACCCUCGAGGAGUAUGAGAAGGUAAUGGAAGAGAAGAGGAAGACAUUGUUGGCUCAAAAGCAAGAGGAACGAAAGGUCAAUUUGGAUAAAGAACUCGAAUCCAUGCAACUUCUCUCAAACAAGAAGAACGAUGACGAGAUCUUCAUCAAAUUAGGUGCUGAGAAAGAUAAGAAGAGAGAGACGGUGGAAAAAGCCAAAAAGACUCAAACCAUAAAUGAGUUUCUGAAGCCUGCUGAGGGAGAAUUCUCUCGCCCUGGUGGCCGUGGUAGGGGCAGGGGCCGUGGAAGAGGUAAUGGCGGUGGAUAUAGUGGAAACAACAACGUUGCAGCGCCAUCCAUUGAAGAUGUCGGCCAAUUCCCCUCCUUGGCCGCCAAGUAAGAGAACAAGUCGUGCAACUCUUGCCUUUUGAGCCGUCUUCCUUUUUCCGUCAUUUAUGAUAUUUGUUCUUUGACGAUAACAGAAUGUUUUCCGGAACCUGUCGGGAACCCGUGGGCAUUCCUGUGUUAGAUUUUGUUUCGACAACUUUAUAAAUUGUUGUUCAGAGUGUAAAUUUAGAUGUUCUUCUGGAGUUGUAUGCCCUGGGUUUUUGUUGAACUUGUUUUUAACAUUUAUGAAAACCCUUUCCUUUCUA